UCUUUUCGACGAGCCGCAAAGAUGUAGUUGAAACGGCAAACUGGGUCCUCUCGGCUGGACCCAACCGUUACCAGCGUAGCCGAGGGAACGUUGUGUCGCAGCGAAUCGGUUUACUUUUUUGCCUUCGCCCUUUUAUCUAUCUAAAUCUCUCGUAUAUUGUCAGUGAUAUUAAGAGAUGGUACAACUAUUAUAUCGUAAAGCGUAUACUAAAUUGACUCCAGAUACCAGAACCUAUAUUUAGCGGACUGAGUAACACCAAAGAAACGUAUUAUUCUCGUUGUUAUUAUUCUUAUUAUUAACGUUACUAUUAUUACCGUCAUUAUAUUUAUUAACACUGUAUAUACGUGUGCCGUGAUACGCGAGUCGUGAAAUCAGCUUUGUUUACGGUCAACGCUGCAUCAUUUAGUGAAAAGAAAAUGGUUGCGGAAAAGUACGAUAAGCUCGAACCUGAGCUGAAACAAGAACUCAAAAACAUUGCCCAGCAAAUCGUGGCACCAGGAAAGGGAAUCCUAGCUGCUGAUGAAUCGACAACAACAAUUGGCAAACGUUUAAAGGACAUCAAUGUUGAAAACACUGAAGAGAAUCGUAAAGCAUACAGACAACUUCUUUUCACCUCUGCAAAGGACGUUAUUGGCCAGCACAUCUCUGGUGUCAUCUUGUUCCACGAGACUCUCUACCAGAAAGCCGAUGAUGGAACACCCUUCGUUGAGCUUCUGAAGCAACGUAACAUCCUCCCCGGUAUCAAGGUCGACACGGGUGUCGUGCCACUCUUUGGCACCAACGACGAGUGCACGACCCAAGGUCUCGACGGUCUUCAGGAACGUUGCAUCCAGUACAAAAAGGAUGGAUGCCACUUCGCUAAGUGGCGUUGUGUGUUGAAGAUCAAGAAAGACACCCCAAGCAAACUGGCUAUCUUGGAAAACGCCAAUGUUUUGGCUCGUUACGCUUCCAUCUGCCAGAGUGCCAGGAUCGUACCCAUCGUCGAGCCUGAAAUUUUGCCUGAUGGUGACCACGACCUUGCUCGUUGCCAAGCGGUUACAGAGGAAGUUCUGGCCGCCGUUUACAAGGCACUCAAUGACCAUCAUGUGUACCUUGAGGGAACCCUGCUGAAACCAAACAUGGUUACCCCAGGUCAGAGCUGCCCCAAGAAAGCUACUCCUCAAGAGAUUGCAGCUGCCACAGUGACUGCUUUGUUGCGCACUGUGCCACCUGCAGUACCUGGUAUCACCUUCCUUAGCGGUGGACAAUCUGAGGAGGAGGCAUCUGUGAACUUGGACGCCAUCAACAAGUUCCCAGCCAACAAACCUUGGGCACUGACCUUCAGUUAUGGUCGUGCUCUCCAAGCUUCUGUCCUCCGUGCAUGGGGAGGCAAGAAGGAACAAAUUAAUGCUGGCCAACAAGAACUUAUCAAGAGGGCUAAGGCCAAUAGUGCAGCUUCCCAAGGCAAAUACGUUGCUGGCAGCAUUGUCAGCGCAGCUGCAAAUACUUCUCUCUAUGUGAAAUCUCAUGCCUAUUAAACUUUUACUUUUCUUAUUACAAUACAUAGCUAACAGUGAAUCGGCACUUGGCAAGUACGCAGGUGGCGUAACGGGAGCUGCCGGCGAUGCCGCACUUUUCGUCGCAAACCAUGCGUAUUAAAAUUAAUUUCUAGCACAUCGAUAAGGAUUUCCGUUAGACAAUUAGAUCGUUCGUGGAACAUCGCCAACGUCGAUCACCGUUGCUGGCAUGAAAACAUUACCAUCGACAGUGAAGAUGAAAAACGAAUGAAGACUCAAGGCAAUUCGAAACACUGGAAACACUCGAAACACUCGAAACACAAUGCAUUCGCACAGUCUCUGUAUAGUUUCACAUUUAACACGAUCAAUGAACGGAAAUCGAUUCAAUUUUAACCUGUCACGAUAAUUGGCUCAUUUCCACGUGAUUUUAAUCAAUCAGAUUUUAAUGCUUUUCAACGUAUACAGUAGCUAAAGAAUAUGUUGUGUUUCAAUGCGAGAUCAAAUCUUAUAUGUACUCAGGAUCAUGAAAUGUCUGCCCGACGUCGUUGACCAAGAUUUACUCCUAAUCAUUUCAAGAAAAGCUAAAUAUGAACGAUUUUUACUCUUCUUGCUUUCUAUUUUUCUCCUGCGCUAUCCUUUUUUCCUUUGACUUCCAUCCUUAUCCCUGUAUUUCGCUAGGAUUAUGUAAAGCGACGAAGAGUGUUUAACGUGUAUCUUCAUCGUGCGUGUCGUUCCAAGCAAAUAUUGAUAAUGAUUGGGAGAACAUGGUCAACGCGUACUCAUACGAGCCUAAUAGGCGAUAUUAAUCAGGAAGAGAUGCUUUAUUUCAAUCGUGAACAGAUUUCGCGACAUUCGAAUCACGCACGCGUUAUUAUAUUCUGUAAUACUAUAAUAAAAAGCAGAUAUAUAUAUUAUAUAUAUUGUCAAUGUCGUUAUGAUAUUCUACGUGUAUAAAAAAAAAAGAUACAAGAAAAACAGAAAAAAAAGAUAAAGUAAAGAUACAUAUUAAAUGUUGUUUGUUAGCGAAUGAGUCGAAUAUUAUGAAGUAAUAUUAUGUCAUCUACUUAUACAAUAUGUGUAUCUUAUUAAUAGAUAUUUAAGUAACGUAUUGAAAAGUAUCUCGUACAUCGAUGUUAUAUAUCUACUAUUUUCAUUGUAAUCUAGGUCACCAAAUACACUGUGGAGGGUA